UUGUUACUUGUAAAGUUGCAAACAGUAAUUGUAGCUAAUAAGUGUAAUUAAUGAUUACAAUCAAAUUAAACAAAAUUAAGGAUUCAACCAAUCCGCUCAUGGUUAAAAAUAUGUCUUAUCCGGGACAUUCUUCGGUUCACCAGUGUAUCUCUCUACUCGUGUGGCGUUCAACAAUGUCUCACUACCACAUAUCAUCGUUACUCGAGAAGAUGAAAUCUUCUGACAAAGAUUUUCGGUUUAUGGCAACGAAUGAUCUGAUGUCUGAGCUGCAGCGUGAUGGCAUUAAGCUUGAUGAUGAGAGUGAGCGUCAGGUUGUGCAAAUGUUGUUGAAAUUGUUGGAUGACAAGAACGGAGAAGUGCAGAAUCUCGCUGUUAAAUGUUUGGGACCUCUUAUUACUAAAGUAAAGGAUGCACAAGUUGAAGUGAUAGCAGACAGCUUGUGUCAGAACAUGGUGACUGGCAAGGAGCAGUUAAGGGACAUCUCCAGUAUUGGAUUGAAGACAGUAAUUGGUGGACUGCCGGCAUCUUCAGCAUCUUCUUUGGCAGCAAACAUUUGUCGUCGUGUGACGGGAAAGUUGACAAGCACAGUGACGAAGACGGACGUCGUCUCGGUUCAGCUUGAUGCUCUUGAAAUUCUCGGUGAUCUUUUGACAAAAUAUGGAGGUCUUUUGCAGUCUUUCCAUUCAUCUAUUCAGUCGGCACUUUUCCCUCAACUCACAAGUUCUCGAAUGGCUGUCAGAAAGAGAACCAUCAUUGCACUUAGUUCGUUGGUACACAGCUCUUCAUCUCCUUUGUUUGUGGAGUUGAUUGAUCAUUUGCUGAGUGAGUUAACACAAGACAAGAUGCGCUCAACAACAAGAACAUACAUCCAAUGUGCAGCUGCUAUUAGUCGAGCUGCUGGUCAUCGUAUGGGUGAAUAUCUUGGUAGAGUGUUUCCUCAUGUUGUGAAAUUUUGUCAAGUAGAAGAUGAUGAUGAAUUGAGAGAAUACUGUAUUCAGGCAUUUGAAGCGUUCGUGAGUCGCUGCCCGAAGGAAGUAACACCACAUGUUCCUCAAAUCAUUGAUAUUUGCUUGAAACUGAUUACAUACGAUCCUAACUACAACUACGACAGUGAUGAUGAGCAGCAAACUAUGGAGAUAGAAGACAAUCAGGAAGAAGAGGAAAGCGAUGAUGAUUAUAGUGAUGAUGAUGACAUGAGUUGGAAGGUGCGACGAGCUGCUGCUAAAUGUUUAGGUGCAGUUCUUGGUUCCCGACCAGAGUUACUUAGUGAAUUAUAUAAAACAGUGUCUCCCAAACUGAUCAGCAGAUUUAAGGAACGAGAGGAGAAUGUGAAGGCUGACAUUUUUGCUGCUUACAUUGUGUUGUUGCAGCAGACAAAGUUGUUGACGUCAAGAGCAAUGGAAGAAGAUUUGUCACAGUCAGAAGGACCAAUUGUAUAUCUGCAGUCACAGACUGCACAGAUUGUACAAUCAAUCCACAAACAAAUGAUGGAAAAGAGCAUCAAAACAAGACAAGGCUGUUUCUCUUUAUUAACUCAACUAGUCAACGUACUUCCUGGAGUAUUAGGAGACCAUUUAGGUGCCAUUGUUCCUGGUAUUCAGUUCUCAUUGAGUGAUCGCAGCUCAACUUCAAAUAUGAAGAUAGACACGCUUACGUUUCUUCACGUUCUUCUCACCAACCUUCCAUCUGCUGUUUUUCAUCCUCAUGUGGUUGAUCUAGUGCCGGUUGUUGUUACUGCGGUAGGCGAUUCAUUCUACAAAAUAACGUCUGAAGCACUUCUUGUUACACAGCAGUUAGUGCGUGUUAUCAGACCACUUGAAUCCUCAAAUUCCUUUGAUUUUAAUCCAUUUGUAAACUCACUCUACGAAAGCACGUUAGCACGCCUCAAAGCUGCAGACAUCGACCAAGAAGUGAAAGAGAGAGCAAUCGCUUGCAUGGGUCAAAUACUCACCAAUCUUGGUGACGUUUUGUCUGCUAAGUUGUUGACGUGUUUACCUAUUUUUGUUGAUCGACUAAGGAAUGAAAUCACUAGACUUGCAGCCGUUAAGGCCGUCAGCAUGAUUGCCAGCUCGCCUCUGAAGCUUAAUCUCAAGGAAAUUGUGUCGACUGCGAUCCCACUUUUGGCUUCAUUUCUACGAAAGAAUAAUCGAGCGCUUCGGCUCGCGACGCUCGAGUUGCUUCGAAUUCUUAUCAGCAAUUAUGGAUCGUUAAUGUCGAGUAACGAUUUUGAUUCUGUGAUGAAAGAGCUUCCACCAUUGAUUAGUGAAAGUGAUCUUCAUGUAUCUCAGUUGACACUCAACCUGUUGACGACUCUGGGUACAGCAAACAAGGCAUCAUUGUACAAGACACCUGAUGGUGUUCUUCCAGCUAUUCUCAAUCUCUUGAAAUCUCCUCUACUGCAAGGUGGUGCGCUGUCAGCUUUGUUGUCAUUUCUCCAUCAGCUGGUGCUGGCUGGUUUACCAGGACUUCAAUUUAAUGACAUUUUGAAGUUGCUGACUGAAACUGUUUACAAUCCAAUUCCUAUGAGUCCAACUGGGACUUCAUUUAUUGUCCACAAACAAGCGUUUCAUUCCAUUGCAAAGUGUUCCGCAGUUCUUUGUGUGGCACGUCCAGAACAAGGCAUUGCUGUUGUCACUCAGCUCAUGGCUGAAAUAAAGACACACAGAAAACACAGAUCUCCGAACAAAGAGACGCCGGAUUCAGUUCGUCUUUAUGCUCUGUUGUCUCUUGGAGAGAUCGGCAAAGACUUUGAUUUGAGUAGCCAACCAGAACUGUUGACUGUCAUAGAAGAUUCUUUUCUCCAUCCAUCAGAGGAAGUCAAAUCUGCUGCAUCUCAUGCGCUUGGAAAUGUUAGCUCAGGAAAUCUUUCUAAAUUUCUGCCGUUUAUUUUACAAGAAAUUGAAGCUCAACCGAAACGUCAGUAUCUGUUGUUGCACUCACUGAAGGAGGUCAUAACAAGACAGUCAAGUAGUAGUGCAUCUAUAGAGGCAUUCACACCUCAUGUGAACAGCAUUUGGACUCUGUUGUUCAAGCAUUGUGAAAGCAACGAAGAAGGAACUCGAAAUGUCGUAGCCGAAUGUCUCGGCAAACUCACACUCAUAAAUCCCUCCGAACUUCUUCCUCUCUUACAAUCAACGUUAACAUCCGCUUCUUCAUAUGCUCGCAGCACAGUCGUGACGGCAGUCAAGUUUACCAUUUCUGAUCAACCACAGAAGAUUGACACAAUGCUGAAGUCAUGUAUUGGACAUUUUCUUGAGACUUUGCAAGAUCCUGAUUUGAACGUUCGCCGAGUGGCUCUUGUCACGUUCAAUUCAGCGGCUCACAAUAAGCCCAUACUUGUACGAGAUCUCCUACACAAAGUGCUUCCUCAACUCUACGGCGAAACCGUUGUACGGAAAGAGUUGAUUCGUGAGGUAGAAAUGGGGCCAUUUAAGCACACAGUUGAUGAUGGAUUAGACAUCAGAAAGGCUGCGUACGAGUGUAUGUACACUUUGCUUGACUCUUGUCUUGAGCGGCUUGAUAUCUAUGAGUUCUUAAGUCACGUGGAAAAUGCAUUGAAAGAUCACUAUGACAUCAAGAUGCUGGCCUACUUGAUGUUAGCAAGAUUGUCUACGUUGGCACCACAUGCAGUUUUACAGCGUUUGGAUUCACUUAUUGCUCCCUUAUCAACGACUGUUCACAUGAAAGUGAAACCAAGUGCGGUCAAACAAGAGUUUGAAAAACAGGAUGAACUAAAGCGAUCAGCUCUCCGUGCAGUAGCAGCUCUUAUCACAAUUCCUGACAGUGAUAAAAGUCCUGCUUUGACUGAUUUUAUCGGUAACAUGAAGGCAAAUGGUGACCUGUCAGCAAUGUUCGAUGCCAUUCAAAGGGAUGUUGCAUCCAGUUCAAUGGAAACAAUGGACACUAGUUAGAUAUGCAGAAAUACUUGCUAUGACUAAAUACAUUAUGACUGCUACAUACAUAGAUUGUAACUUGUUUGUACUUUGUUUGUUUGCCUGUUUACGUAGCAGUGACGCAUAAUUGUUGUUUGUCAAAAUUGA